UGAACCAACCUGCAUCCUUGCAUCAUAACCCAAUCUUCUCCCUUGAGGGAAGAGGAGGUUGUUUCCUGGGACAGGCAUCUGCGAUAGCGGUUCAUGCAAUCCCGACUCAAGAAGGAGGAAGCCAUGAUGACGGAGGGCGAAGAGGGCUUUAGGCGCAGGACAUAGACAUGCUCAGGAAUUAUUACUGGGCAAGAGACGCGAUGUUCGUGAUGGCAAACAACCUCCAACAAGGGGCCGGAGGCAGAGGCCCAACUUCGACACAGGUAGAAGGUAAUAUGGCACGACCGCAAGCAAGGUACCAGAAUUCGGAAGCAAUCGGAGGUGCGGCAUGUCGUGGAGGUGGAGUUGCUCAGAGAGAGGUAGGAGGAGCAAGAGGAGCAGGAGGAGGGCGACCACCAGCGGGAGGAAUUCCAGCAGGAGGUAUGAACUCGCCCUUAAGGCCGCAAGGGUCGGCAAGUGGCACGGGUCACUUGAGAGAAGGAAAUGGUACCCCAAGAUCAAAGGGGCGAGGGGUAGGCAAACAACGCCGACUGAGCUUUACUGGUCAAGAUUUAGUUCAUGAGAACUCACAAGAGUCGCAAGGAGGCUCGGAGCACUCCGUCAGCCAGGAGGUCGGGAUGGCAACACCAGGCAGUAAAACGACAAGGGACAGGAAGCUUGCGGUCGCCGCUCGAGGCGGCAGCAUAGAUAUGUUGCAAUAUUUAAUCCCACUAAUGUGCGUGGCAAUAAGGAACAGUCUGUGGGUAAUUACAUGGCAGCGUGUUGAUGGUGUCCAACUCCUCUUUGGGCAUCAGGUGACGGAGAUGCCGACGGAGGAAUCGAUGCAGGAAGUCAUUCGUAGACUGUACCUUAACCAAUUUCCAUCAAGGAUCCUGGACAUUCCGAUGGCAAGGAUCAUCUUCGGACCAGUAGGUAACAAGUUGAAGUUGUUUGUGCCAAUAGUUGAUGCAAGAUUGACUGAAAACAAACUGAUGGAGCUGGAGGCUGCAGGGCUUCGCCUAGUACCCCUAUAUGUCUUCGCUGAAGCCAGAAAGCAGGAACAAGCCAAGAUUGGGGUUAUGCCAACAAUGAUCACGACGGACAGCCUGAGCGAUCUCAAGAUCAGGUUACCAAAGGAAAGGAAACUUGUCUCCACCUAUGUAAGGAAUGCUCUAACGCAACCCUGGCCACAGGUAGGAAUAUCGGCGACCUAGAUCUAAGCACAGCAGGGGACAAACCGAGUCGAUGAUUAAAGUGAGA